AUAUUUACAUACAGCCUGAUCUCUCUCAUUACUAUUCAUGAGUUGACAGUAUCUCACAACAUCAAUUAUUUGUCACCUCAAAGGCUUCCACCUAUGGGCAGUUCUUCAUCUUCCCCAGUCUCGUCCCGGAGUGCAUCGCUCAACAGAGGUCGACUUUCAUCUUUGACGCCAGAUUCAGACUUAAAGUCAAUCUCGCCAAUAGCUCCCAUCAUGCAAUUGGCAAGACGACCUGGAUUCUCGCUUUCAAAUUCCACUCAAGACUCCUUCCAAACUUCUCGUCCAAUAGCCACUCCAACCUCCUCUCGAAGGUCAACUUCAACCACCCCAGGCCCUCCACUUUCACCGAUGUCCCGUAUUCGGCUUGGAAUCUCCGAAGAUAACAAAGCCCGCCGUAGUAACCCCUCUCGUGCUCAUCGACGUCCACCCAUCAUCGAGUCUCCAGAAGUCGAAGAAAGUACUUGCCACUGUCCUUUGGGCCACAAAGAUUUCGAUACUUGUUCUGCUGAUCCCCACUCAAUUUACUACAAGAGCCCCAGCCCUGAAACUCCAGCCAUGGACAAGAAGUCGAGAGCUACUACAACCCCUAGAGGUAGCAGGAAGAGGAAGGCUAUCUCAUACCUCGAGGAAGAAGCAAAGUACGUUUGUGGAUGUGGAGGAGGACAUGAUGAUGACCUUGAGUGCGAAUAUGCAUCUACUUUGAAGAAGCAUGUUGAGAUCACAACUUCGUGAGUUACAUAUUCUUUUCCAUCAUAGGCCAAUUGAUUGAUGUAAUGUAGUAUCAUUAUUGGUAGCCAAGCUAUGGUCACUAUCAAUGUCGGCA